GUGCCAAUGGUGGUCAGUAAUGGUUAGUCAUAACCUACAACUGUAAGAAGCUUUUUUUUUUUUUUUUUUUUUUUAAGUUCUGUGGCGGCUCCAGUUCAUCAGAAAUGGACGCUCCCCUGCUAUGUGAUGUCGUUAAAGGCUCCGUCGAUUACAGCGGCCGGCCUGCAAUUAGGUCGGAAACUGGCAGGUGGAGAUCUGCUAUCUUCAUCAUUGGAGUAGAGAUCGCAGAGAGGUUUUCAUAUAAUGGGAUUAGCUCCAACCUGAUCACCUACCUCACGGGGCCUCUUCAGCAGUCGAUGGUGACAGCCGCCGUGAACGUGAACACAUGGACGGGGAUUUCUUACAUGCUGCCUCUCUUCGGAGCUUUCGUCGCCGAUGCUUAUCUUGGGAGAUAUCGCACUAUCCUCUUAGCUACUCUCCUCUAUGUUUUGGGAUUGGGAUUUUUAACACUAUCAGCGGUUCUUCCUUUCAGUCCACCUAGUUGCCACAACAGCAUUAACAUAAUAUCUUGUCAUCCACCUCAAUUCCAAAUCAUCUUCUUCUUCUGCUCUCUAUAUUUGGUGGCACUUGCUCAAGGUGGGCACAAGCCAUGCGCACAAGCUUUUGGUGCUGAUCAAUUUGAAGUUACAGAUCCACAGGAAUGCAAGUCCAAGAGUUCUUUCUUCAACUGGUGGUAUUUUGGAAUUUGUGCAGGAGCUUUUUGCACUCACUCAGUCUUAACCUACAUUCAGGAUAACCUGAAUUGGGGUCUUGGAUUUGGGAUUCCAUGUGCUUGUAUGGUAGUUGCACUUACUAUUUUCUUGCUUGGAACCAAGACUUAUCGCCACAGUUUCAACGACGAUAAAGAUAACCAAUUUCAAAGAAUUGCAUUAGUGUUUGUUGCAGCAGUAAGGAAUUGGAGAGCCACUCCUUCAACAGCCACUGAUGAGGAAGAAGGGGAGAGUACUCUUCUCCUAAAUGGUACUAACCAAUUCAGGUAUGUGAUGGAAGCACCAGCUACUAUAUCAGAAGAUUCCAAGGAAGGUUGGCUAGUGUCCAGUGUUAGUCAGGAGGAAGAUGCAAAGGCAAUACUAAAGUUGUUUCCUAUUUGGGCUACAUGUAUACUAUAUACAAUUGUGGAUGCACAAUACUAUACUUUCUUCACCAAACAAGGAGCCACAAUGGACAGAACAAUAGGGUCAUCAGGGUUCAAGAUACCACCUGCCUCCCUUCAAACCUUCAUUAGCAUCUCCAUCAUUCUUUUCAUGCCUAUCUAUGAUCGUAUCCUUAUUCCGAUUGCUCGAGUUUUUACCAAUAUACACUCUGGGAUUACUACCCUUCAAAGGAUAGGCACUGGAAUAGUUUUAUCUAUGAUCUCCAUGGUACUAGCAGCACUAGUUGAGAGGCAAAGGCUUCAAAUUGCCAUUGAUUACAAGAUAGUUGAUAUACCAGAAGCUACAGUUCCUAUGAGUUUUUGGUGGCUAGUUCCUCAAUAUAUCUUUCUAGGAAUUGCUGAAGCUCUUGCCAUGGUUGGUCUUCAAGAAUUUUUCUAUGACCAAAUGCCAAAUGGAUUGAAAAGUAUGGGUCUUGCAUUUUACCUUAGCAUCUUUGGUGUAGGAAGCUUUCUAAGUAGCUUUCUUAUCUCUGGCAUUGAGAAGGUAACUGGUGGGGACGGCCAUGAUAGUUGGUUCUCAAACAAUAUUAAUAGAGCUCACCUGGAUUACUUCUACUGGCUUCUUACUGGUCUAAGUGUCGUAGAAUUGGCUGUUUAUUUGUAUUUUGCCAAAUCUUAUACCUACAGAAGGGCAGAUGUAUAAUCAAAGCCUUUGAUAGGGUAUUGUACAGUUGAUCUUAGUAGUAUUACAUUGUACAUUUAUGCUACUAUAAUUGUAAGAAAGCAUAGCGAUACACAGCUUUUCUUCUUCUA